AUGAGCGGUUGGUUGUGGGGAAAUUCUUCUGAUUCAACAAAUUCUCCAAAUUCUAUGAAUAAUGAACAACAUACUCAAGCAAAUAUACAGCCACCUAUGGGAGGACAACAACCACCUCUUUUUGUUUUGGAGCAAUUAAAACAUGCUGGGGUUCCUUUAAAGGCUCAAAUGACUCCUUAUUUGCAGUUGGAUCCAGCAAUUUUCCGUGAAAGUCAACCACAAAUUAUACUUCCUGAAGGAUAUGAAAGUGGCAGAGGAAAAUUUGAAUUUUAUAUGGGAUAUAUUGGCUGUGCUGUUGGUAGUGCUUUUUUUGUUGGAAGUAUGAGAGGAGCUUUUGGGGAAUUAAACAAUCCUUUAACUAAAAAUUUGUUGAUUAAUACAAAGUCCGUAGCAAGUAGCCGACCAGGAAUUACACGUCUUUUAAACGCAGCAACUAAAUAUGGAAGUGGUUAUGCUCAAGCAGACUGGACCCAAAUUACUUUGUAUGUUUAGUCCCCAGUUUACACGAAUAUUUUUCUUGAUCACUUACUGAAACAAGGAGAGAGAUUCAACUCCAGGGGCCCCAAAAAAAAACUCACCAACUCCAGGGAUUCCCCCAAAGUAGAUUCAACUUCAGAGACUCC